UAACGCAGAAUAACAAAUAAAACAAGAACUACCACCUUUGAUUUAUACAUCGUAUAGACAACUCGGGGUAUUUCCCGAAUUUAUCUGCAUAUAAACAUGAAAGAAAUAUUUUGUCCGUUCUAACGAGAUCCGUUAUAUCGAGGUUUGACUAAUGUAUCUAAAUUUUGGAAUGUUACGCCACUCAACGUUGAUAUUAAAAAUAAAAUGGAUUACGACAUAAAUGUGGAACAAAUUCUAAAAUAAAAUAAAUUUUUAAUGUGUGAUUAAUAAUCUUAUCUUCAAUACAAUGAUGAAGCACAUUUCAACUUUGUUUGUUACUAACGUUCUUCCCGAUAACACUUUUUAAUUAUAUCGUGUAUUAAAACUUUAUACAUCCAAUAGUUUAAACAACAACAGUUACACUUCUCUAGAAAAUCUCUUUCGAUCUCCAAGAAAUUUAAGUUAAAACUAAAAUUAAAAUGGUUGUUUGUGUAUUAGGAACAAUUGUUUUAUUAUUCCUUUUAAUGAUGGCUUUUUUAAAAAUAACUUCUAAGCUUACGAUGGGUUGGUGUACAAGUAACACUUGCUUGGAAGGAAAAACUGUUGUUAUUACGGGUGGAAAUUCAGGAAUGGGUUUUCAAACCGCAAUGAGUUUAGCCGGACGUGGUGCUAAAGUUAUAAUUGGAGAUGUCGUUAAUACCGAUGAUUCAGUAAAAAAAAUUAUUUUAGAAACUAACAAUGUUAAUGUACGAGGAAAGCAUUUAGAUUUAGCUUCUUUAGAUUCUGUCAGAAAGUUUUGCAAAGAAAUUUACGAGGAAGAAGAUCGAUUGGAUAUUUUAAUUAAUAAUGCGGGUGUAGGUGGAGUUCCUUUAGUGCAUACUAAAGAUGGAAUUCAAAAUCAUAUGCAAAUUAAUUAUUUUGGGCACUUUUUAUUGACUCAUUUAUUAAUUGAUUUACUUAAACGAACGAAAAGCAGAAUUAUUUUUAUUAGCUCGAUUUUAGCAUUUGUACACAAUUUAAGCUUAAAAACCCUCAAUAGCCCAACCAUUUUUAAACGAGAAAUCGCAACACAUUUAAUAAUUUACGGAAAUAGCAAACUAUGCGAAUUAAUUGCUUCGAACAUUUUCGCAGAAAAAUUAAAAAAUACUUCCAUCACAUCAAACGCGGUUUAUCCAGGCAUCGUAAAUACCCCAAUGAUUUACAACACAGGAGGGGCAGAUGCAUUUAAAUACUUAAAAAUUUUCGGGAACUUUGUUUUAAACGUAGCAGGCAAAACGCCUUAUGAAGGAGCACAAACUCAAAUAAACUGUGCGUUAUCUCGCGAUUUAGAUGGAGUUAGUGGAGAGUUUUUUGCCGAUUGUAAACUGUUUUAUCAACCGAGAUUAGCUCGAAAUAAAGAGUUUUGUAAACAGAUUUGGGAUGAGAGUGAAAAAUUGGUUAAAUUAAAACCAGAAGAAAAGAUCGAAAAUGUUUUAAAGGGAUGAAAUAAAACAACGAAAAAGAUCUAUAUUAAUAUAUUGAGUUAUAUUUUCUCUCUAUAAAAUGAUUUCGAAUAAAUAGAGUUAUUAUUAAUAUAAUUAAGUUAAUUUUAGGAAUUAAGAUAUGGUUGUAACAUAAUAUUGGUUGGAUAAAAUAGAAAUUCAUUUAAAAACUCAAA